CCGGGCGCUGCCGCUGCUGCCGCCGCCGCCGCCACCCGAGGGACGCGCGCGGGACCGUGAGGGCGGCGGGAGCCGUGCAGGUUUUCCAGGAGAAGAGCAGGAAGCUCCUGGAGGCUGCCCUGUCACCAUGGGCUCCACAGUGUGGGAAUGUGGGUGAAAUUUCAACAUUUCAUUCAUGCCACAGAAGGACUGAGAAGGGAAAAAAAAAAAAAGGGGGAAGAUUUCUUCUGAGGAUGUUGAACACAGAAACUCUUCCAGUUGGGAGGAACCCCAAGCAAGGCCUGGGAAUAUUUUGGUGAAGGAAAUUUGGGAUCCAUGAGGAGCUGGAAGCUGUGCUGGGGUGCAGGGAUGGCUGUGGGCCGGGUGCUGAGCUCCCUGUGGGUUUUGGGGCUCUGGGUGCUCCCUACAGGAGGGCACAGCCUGUUCUCCUGUGAGCCCAUCAUCCUCAGGAUGUGCCAGGACCUGCCCUACAACAGCACCUUCAUGCCCAACCUCCUCAACCACUACGACCAGCAAACUGCAGCUCUGGCCAUGGAGCCCUUCCACCCCAUGGUGAACCUGGAAUGCUCCCGGGAUUUCCGGCCCUUCCUGUGCGCCCUGUACGCCCCGGUGUGCAUGGAGUACGGGCGGGUGACGCUGCCCUGCCGCCGCCUCUGCCAGCGCGCCCACAGCGAGUGCUCCAAGCUCAUGGAGAUGUUUGGGGUCUCUUGGCCUGAGGAUAUGGAGUGCACCAGGUUCCCAGACUGUGACGAGCCCUAUCCUCGCCUGGUUGACCUCAACUUGGCCGGCGAGCCCACAGAGGAGGCGCCCAUGGCCGUCCAGAGGGAUUACGGCUUUUGGUGUCCCCGCGAGCUGAAAAUCGACCCCGAGCUGGGCUACUCCUUCCUCAGGGUGCGGGACUGCUCCCCUCCUUGCCCCAACAUGUACUUCCGCCGGGAGGAGCUGUCCUUCGCCCGCUACUUCAUCGGCGUCAUCUCCAUCGUCUGCCUCUCGGCCACCCUCUUCACCUUCCUCACCUUCCUCAUCGACGUCACGCGCUUCCGCUACCCGGAGAGGCCCAUCAUCUUCUACGCCGUCUGCUACAUGAUGGUGUCCCUCAUCUUCUUCAUCGGCUUCCUGCUGGAGGACCGGGUGGCCUGCAACGCCUCCAGCCCCUCCCAGUACAAGGCCUCCACGGUGACCCAGGGCUCCCACAACAAGGCCUGCACCAUGCUCUUCAUGGUGCUCUACUUCUUCACCAUGGCCGGCAGCGUCUGGUGGGUCAUCCUCACCAUCACCUGGUUCCUGGCCGCCGUGCCCAAGUGGGGCAGCGAGGCCAUCGAGAAGAAGGCCCUGCUCUUCCACGCCAGCGCCUGGGGCAUCCCGGGCACCCUCACCAUCAUCCUGCUGGCCAUGAACAAGAUCGAGGGCGACAACAUCAGCGGCGUCUGCUUUGUCGGCCUCUACGACGUGGACGCGCUGCGCUACUUCGUGCUGGCUCCUCUCUGCCUGUACGUGGUGGUGGGAGUGUCCCUGCUGCUGGCCGGGAUCAUCUCUCUCAACCGCGUCCGCAUCGAGAUCCCGCUGGAGAAGGAGAACCAGGACAAGCUGGUGAAGUUCAUGAUCCGCAUCGGCGUCUUCAGCGUGCUCUACCUCGUGCCCCUGCUGGUGGUGAUCGGCUGCUACUUCUACGAGCAGGCCUACCGGGGCGUGUGGGAGACCACGUGGAUCCAGGAGCGCUGCCGGGAGUACCACAUCCCCUGUCCCUUCCAGGUCACUCAGAUGAGCCGUCCCGAUCUGAUUUUGUUCCUCAUGAAGUACCUGAUGGCCCUGGUGGUGGGGAUCCCCUCGGUGUUCUGGGUUGGAAGCAAGAAGACCUGUUUUGAGUGGGCCAGCUUCUUCCACGGGCGCAGGAAAAAGGAAGUCGUCAACGAGAGCCGCCAAGUGCUGCAGGAGCCGGACUUCGCGCAGUCGCUGCUGCGGGACCCCAACACGCCCAUCAUCCGCAAGUCCCGGGGCACCUCCACGCAGGGAACCUCCACGCACGCCUCGUCCACGCAGCUGGCCGUGCUGGACGAGCAGAGGAGCAAGGCGGGCAGCGUGCACAGCAAAGUCAGCAGCUACCACGGCAGCCUGCACCGCUCGCGGGACGGACGGUACACUCCCUGCAGCUACAGGGGCGUGGAGGAACGACUACCUCACGGCAGCAUGUCGCGACUGACCGACCACUCGCGACACAGCAGCUGCCACCGGCUGAACGAGCAGUCGCGGCACAGCAGCGUCAGGGACCUCAGCAGCAACCCAAUGACACACAUCACGCACGGCACCAGCAUGAACCGCGUCAUCGAGGAGGAUGGCACCAGCGCCUGAGGGCACCCAGGGCUCGCUGUGCCUUCCUCGGAGUCAUCCUCGGCCUCUCGUCCUCAGCCGGGGCCGGCUUCUCUGCGUGGGACUUGCCUCGGAGCUGUCUUGAAUCACUGAGUUAAAAGCUGGUUGUGUGCUCUGAACCUCUCCGUAGGUAAUUAUUUAUUUGAUAACUGUUCCUCGUCAGACACGACUGCUGAAUUUCUUAUUCUCUGUGGAAAACAAUCUCCCCCUUCCUUCUCUCCCCCUCCCCGCGUCCCUCCUUCCGUGGGCACCCCAAUCUCGGUGUCGGGGUCGUGCUGGGAGUUGUUCCGAUGAGACUUGAGGGAACUCUUGAUGGUUGAAGGAAUCCCUCCCUGCAGGGACACGCCCAGCGCUGCCCGAGGGACGUCCGUGCGAGCUGGCAGCGUGUGGUGACCCUGGAAACGCCCCAGGAGAAGGAAGCUCCUCUGAGGAUCAGCAGCUCUUCCCAAAGCUGUCCAGGCUCAGUUCGCCACAGGGUGGGGGGAAGAGAGAGGCAGGGAAGAGCGAUUUUUUUAUAACUUGUAUUGUCCUUGCUUUUUUACAAAAGACUAUUUAAAUUUUCUACUCGUUUACAAUUUCUGUAGGAAGAGAUGGGUUUUAAAAGCAGUUAUCUAGAUAAUAUUCAGCCAUUUAUUUUUUAGAGUCAUGUACAAAAGCUGAGAUUGCCUGUUCCUGAUCUAUUUAAAAAUAAAAAAAGAUUAUCAUAGGAAAGCUGAAUUUGUCCCCCAAGCAGGAAUGUAGAGCCCGUCCUUACAGCCAGAGCUGAGCCUGUUUACAAAGCCCAGCAGCUGAGGCCUGAGGAACCAGAGGAUUUAUUCAAGGGUGCCCCACCUUCCUUGUGAUGGCAGGGCUGGUCUGGGGAGGAUUCUCUGUGCUGAGCAAGAAUUCAGAGAUGGGUGGGAGAAACUGAGGCCACCAGGUGGGGGAAAGGAGGAUGUGGCAGCUGGAAGGCCAGGGCAUUCCUUGAGGAGGAGACAGGAUCCCCAGUUCAGGAUCUUGGUUACAAUCCAGCUCUGCUGUGGUUCUUUCCAUCCCCUUCUGCAGAUUCAUGGCAGGGAAUUCUCAGUUUGGGCUUUUUUUGUGUGGAAAGGAUCCCCUGGGAUACACUGGAGACAGAAGUCAAGGAUGGUGCUGGAGAACUUCUGGAGCAGCUUCAGUGGAGAUUGACCCAGCAGGAGGAAACGCUGCUGGGGUGCAAACCUACCUCAGUAACCACUGCAGCUCUCUGCUGGGAAACAAAUCCUUAUUUUUGCAUUGUCCUUCCAGAAUUCCCUGGCUGACCUGCUGGAGGCAUUUGGAGAAGCCUUUGUGCACCAACCUCCAGGGCAGGGCCGGGGCAGGAGCUGCUCCACAAUUAACUCCUUUUAAUUGCAGCUCAUAACCUGUGUGCUGUGCAAUCAAAGGCUCCCAGAUUUAUCCCAGAUUGUCUCUCUUACUUCCACCGGGUCAGGAGGGAGCCCAGCGUGGAAUAACAAAGCUCUUUGUUGUCAGCCCGGGAGGGAGGUGCUGCACCCAGGGCCCUGGGGCAGAGCAGGCUCUGCUUUGCCUGUUUGCUCAGCAAACAGCCCUGGGCCGGCCCAGGGAUAGCCCUGGCCUAAGGAUAGUCCUGGCCUAAGGAUAGUCCCGGCCCAGGGGUAACAGUCCACAUCCAAAGCUGUGGAAAAAUCCUUUGGAGUGACUUAAACUGGAGAAGCUGCAACUCCCUGGAAGCCCCAAGGCUGUUUUCAAAUUCAGCUCCUCCUGACUCACUGCCUCAGAGGGGUGAUCUGGUAGAAAUCUGGAUAAGCUGAGUUUUCCUUAACACUGGAACUGAACUAAAUAAGCUCAAGGGUUUACGUUGAUCCUCUUGGCUCCAUUUCCAGUAUUUUUUUUAAUAACUUGUAGCAAUGCUUUGACUUGUUUAGAGACAGGGAGAGGAACAAUGAUGGAGCUUGGAGAAGGAUCCUGCUGGAAGUGUUGUUAAUUUGUGAGGCUCAGUCCCAGUGCUGCUUCCAGAUGGGAAUAUCCGAGUCAUUCCUGGCUGAUCCUAAAGGGACAGGCUCCUGUCACCCCAGGGAGGUGAUUAAACUCAGACUGGGGUUCUGGCUGGGAUUUUUGCCUCCCUGCCCUCUCCCUUCUACCUUCAACACCUGAGCCAGCAGGCUGUGCUCUCCUGGCAGAGCAUUCCUCCUGGGAAGAGAGGAAUUCCUCCCUCACCCAUGGAACAAUGCCCCAGCUCUGCUGCAGUUCCCCUGCUGGGGCUCACAGCGCUGCAGCUCCCAAACCGUGCUGUCCAGGGGCUCUGAAGUGCAUCCCAGUUCUCCCAGUUUGAAUGUGGCCCCACCAGCAUCUCAGGCAGGGGCACCAGGAGGGGUUUUGGGUUGUGUUCCUGCCUGGAGAGAGCUCCAGCCCCGGUGCCUGGUCUAUGGGAUUGGUGCCAAGCUUUAAAUUCCCCCCGAGCUGAAAGCCCCGGCCAGGAGGGUGUUCCUGCAGUCCCCGAGGUGCUCUGGGCUCCCUGCAUGUCCCUGCAGCACUUUGUCCCUCCCCAGCAGCCACAAAGGCUGGAUCCUCUCUCCAGGAAGCAGCCAGGGAAGGUGGACAGUGCCUGGCUCCCCCCAAACUUCAUCCCUGUCCCUCCCACGCACACGAUGGCUGCAGCCCCAAAACUCUGCUCUGUGGAAUCGCUCUGUCAAAGCUUCCUGCCGAGUGCAUGGCUCCUCAUUCCCAGGGUUCCAGGGAUCCCCAGCUCCUGCUUUACCAGCCCAACUGCACUGACAGCAGAUCCCCCCGAGUUUGUGGUGUUCCUUCUUUCUUAACCCCUUCAGCUCCCGUGAAAUGUCCCGGAUCAGGGCUGCAGUCCCAUUGCAUGCAAGAGGCUGCUGCUCUUUUUUAAAGCAUAAACAACCCAGCAGCAGCAAACAGCCACAUUUGGGUGUCAGUGUGUUCGUGUUCUCCCUUUUCUUCCAGAUUUGGUGCUGGAAGCUUUAAGCUCUAGGGGGGAUCUGGUGAGCACAGUGUGGCACUGGGAGGCUCUGGCUGAAAUCCAGUCACGGCCAAAUCCAGCAUUGCUCCUGAGUUGUUCCAGCAAGGAGGGAAGGGAAAACCCCUCAGGAAGGGCACAAGGAGCAGAGCCAGGCCAGCCUAGAGCAGUGCCCACAAGGAGGGAAGGGAAAACCCCUCAGGAAGGGCACAAGGAUGAGAGCCAGGCCAGCCUAGAGCAGUGCCCACAAGGAGGGAAGGGAAAACCCCUCAGGAAGGGCACAAGGAGCAGAGCCAGGCCAGCCUAGAGCAGUGCCCACCCUUCCGGGGAGCGAUUCUCCAGCGCAGCUCCAGGGCACUGAGGAUCCCAGAAUGCAGCAGGGAGCUCUGACCGUGUGGUGAAACCAGGGCACGGAGCAGAGCACAGGAGACAUCCCCAGGUCCUCCUUGAGCAGCAGAAUGUCCAGUUGAAUGUGAAGCUUUACCCCUCUCCCCUUGUGCUUCUUUUCUAACGGGAUCAGGAUUGCUUUUCCCCCGAGGCGCGGCGUUUUCCCGGCUUUUGCUCCGCGCAUGGGGAACUCGGUGCAUGGAACGCCUCGGGCAGCCCUUCCUCGGCACUCCGUGUCCGUGUUGUGACAACGCCCAGCUUCUCAGGAGAGGGGAAGGAGCUCCCAGGAGAUUUUUACUUCUUGGAAUGUGUGGGGCAGCCCCUGCCCGUGGCUGACCCCACUUGCACUCGGCUCUUGGUAGAUUUGUUUACAGUAGUCCAGUGUCGGUUUUGUAACGUUUAAUUUUUAGCACUUUAACUGUGAGUGUACAAAUUGGUUCCCUUGUAGUUGGUGUACAUUUUCAUUUUAGACCUUUGGAAGUUUUUAAUAAAACGAUGGAAAAACUCUGGCAACAGA